AAUCACCACCCCACCCCCUACUCUCCCCCACCCCACCACCCACCCUUUUUCUCUAACAUGCACCAUCACCUCCUCUCUUCCUCCAUUACCAUGGCCCCCCCUUCUUCUUCUUCUUCUUCUUCUUCUUCUUCCCUCUCCAAACCCCUAAAGAAACCCUCAAAUCCAAAUUCCCCAAAUUGCUCCUCCUCCUCCCUCUGUAAUCACUCCCCUUCAGCUACCCUUGAUCUUCUCAUCUUCGUUCUUGUUCUCUUCUCUGGUACUUUCCUCAUAAUCUCCUACUUCUCUUACAUCUUCAAUUCCCUUUCCCUCCUUUUCCCCUACCCACUUACCCUAAACGUCGACGUUUCAACAACCCAGUACAUCUUUUACGCGUUCUUCUUCGUUGUUUUCUUCGUGGUGGUGAUUUCAUUCGAGAUCUGUUGUGGGUUUUUCGGGUUUUUUAGAUCGAGGAAAUGUGGGAAACCUGGGUGUAAAGGGUUGAGAAGGGCUAUGGAAUUUGACUUGCAAUUGCAGGGUGAGGAGUGUUUUUUAAGAUCUGGUGGGGGUGAUAGUAGUAGUAGUAGUAGUAAAGCUGUGAGAGAGAUUAAUGAGUUGCCUUGGAAAGGUGGGAGUGAGAAUAACCCGGAUUAUGAGUGUUUAAGGGCGGAGUUAAGGAAAAUGGCACCCCCCAAUGGACGUGCAGUGUUGUUGUUUAGGUCUAAAUGUGGGUGUCCUGUUGCUAAACUUGAAGGUUGGGGUGCUAAACGAGGGCGUCGCCAUAAGAAGACUCUGGCACUUAAUGGUAAAGCAGAUAAUCGCUGAAUGUUGAUCAUCGCACAUCGGGAUCUAAUUCGUUACCUUCUGAAUUUCAGAAGCAUGGGAGAUUGAUAUUGUUGUUCAGAACCAUUUUUUAAAAAAUCCCAUUGACACUUACUUUAGAACAAUGCUCAAUGUGUACAAACUAUAGCCAGAACAUUUUCUUUCCUCAAGAAGUGUAUACCAUAGAACAUGAAUAUUUUACAUUAUCAAAUAAGGGAUGACAUAUCUUUCCUCCCUCAUUACCUGCCAGGUUGCUGAAA